UCUACAACAACAACAGCAACAACAGCAACAACAACAACAACAACAACCUCAAAAUACUAUACAUCAACAUCAUAGUCAACUCUUACAGUAUCAACACCAACAUCAACAACAACAUAAUCAACAGUAUCCACAACCAUUACAACACAACCAUCAACAACAACAACAUCAAAAUCAACAACAGCAAAAUCAACAACAGCAAAAUCAAAAUCAACAACAGCAAAAUCAACAACAACAGCAAAAUCAACAACAAAAUCAACAACAAAUUAAUAAUGCAGCACCAGUUAGAAAGAAAUAUAAACCAUUACAAAGAAAUAAUACAGCAAAUCAUGAUUUAACAGCAUUUUAUGGAUGGAUUAUUAUUAUAUGUACAUUAACUUUUUUCAUUAUUUCAACAUAUUGUUUAGUAUUUUCAAAGUUAUUACCUGAUACUGGUAACAGAAUUUUAGAUUUCAUAAAGUAUGAUUGGUAUUAUUGCUUAUUGGUACCUGUUAUUAUACCUGUCACUAUUAUAACUGUUUAUUUCAAUUGGUUAAGUUUAAAGUUCUUUAGACAUAAUUAA